AUGCCAGAAGAGACGCUCCUUGUGAGAUAUGCAGACGAUAUCACGGUCCUAAUCGCAGCAAGAUAUGUUGAACUGGCUCAGCUAAAGCUGCACCAAGUCAUGCGGACAGUAAACGGCUGUAUGACAGACCACGGCCUGCUGCUAGAACAAACGGAAAUAGUCAUCCUUACAAAAAUGAUAAUAAACAUUACCCUCCCUUCGCAAGUUGGUGGCAUAGCAGUGGAGUCCAAGCCUGCAAUCAAGUAUCUGGGUAUCAUGAUCGACCGAAGGCUGAACUUCGUGGCGCAGAUCCAGCAAACUCCGAGUAAUGCUGCGAAGGGCGUUACUUCUUUCGUAGGCUUAUGGCCAACAUCCCCGGGCCUAAAGCUACAAGAAGUCGUACCGGAAAAGUCUGACGCAGGUACAGAGGAGAGCAACACUAAAAAUGCCUCUGCGUAUAGGACGGUGUCUGAACCAGCCAUAUUAAUAAUCGCUGGAGUCAUACCAAUUGCGCUCUUGGUGAAAGAAUGUUAA